CAUAGUCACUGAAAAGAGAAUUCUUUAUUAUCAUCGAAAGAAAAGAGAAGAUCAAAGAAAAAAAAUUUAAUAUUGUAAUACACGUGAUAGGAAGAACAUGAAAUCGUCGGAUUUCUAUCGCGAAGACGAUUGCAAAGAGUAUUACAAAGUUUUACAAUUCUUUAUGCGUAUAUGCGGUUUAUGGCCUUAUCAAUCAUUUUACGCUAAAUAUUUCUUUAUCAUAAUGACAAUAUUCUUAUGUGAAGGGGUUCUCAUUGGACAGUUAUUAGAAAUAGUGCAAGUUCGAAAUGAAUUAAACGAAGUGAUCGAUUGUAUACCGAAUAUAUUGAUAUCAAUCUUUGUUGGGAUAGAAUUCUUAGGACUCAUAUUCAACUCGAAAAAGGUGAAGAAAUGUAUUGAUAGAAUCGCUGAGGAUUGGCAAUAUUUGUCUUCGAACACUGAGAUUGAACUGUUGAAGUCGCAUACCGUUCAAGGACGAAAAUUAGCCAUCGGUUACUUAUUUUACAUGUCGCUUACCGGAUUCAUGUUUAUGCUGCAACCAAUACUCAUACUGAGCUUAAACUCUGAUAAUUCAACAAAUAUACAGUCUACUAUUCCGUAUCGCGUGCAAUAUGGCAUUGAUAUAAAAAAAUAUUAUUACGAGAUAUUAUUUCAUUCUUACGUUACCGUAAUCUCUCAUAUGCUUAUUUUAUCUUCCAUAAAUUUAAUAUACAUCACGUUUAUUCAACACGCCUGCGGAUUAUUUUCCGUGAUCGGAUACAAAUUAGAACAUAUUGGCGACAAAGAAAAUUUGAUCGAUGAUCCGAACGUUAAGAAGAUCGAUGACAACAAUUAUCGGAUUGCAUUGGAUUGUCUACGAAAACAUAUUAAAGUUAUAGAGUUCGUAUCAACAUUAAAUUAUUUUGUUUCAUUUAAAUCCAAUUUGAAAUUACAAUUUUAUAGAUUUUCCGAGGACAUAGAUGCAUCAUUCUCGGUUAGUUAUUUUUUUGGCUUGGGAUUGUUUAUGUCAAUUUUAGCUGUUUCUGGUACUCAGGUAUUAUUGCAUUCCGAUCAUAUAAGCGAAGCUGUGAGAUAUGCAUGUCUCUUUAUAUCCAUACUUAUUCAAUUCUACUGGCUAUGCUGGCAAGCACAGCGCUUAUUGAAUUAUAGUAAUAUACCUUACGACAGCGCGAUUCAAGGACGUUGGUACUAUACUUCAACACGUUGCAAGAAAACACUUGGCUUGAUCAUGAUAAGAUCUUUAAAGCCAUGUGAGAUAACAGCAGGAAAUUUAAUCACUUUCUCCAUAGAAACGUUCAGUUCGGUAUUACGAACGUCGAUGUCUUACUUCACCGUAUUGCAAUCAAUAUUUUUACAAAUUAUUGGAUUAUGGCCAUAUCAAUCAGUCAUUUCGAAAAUCGUUUGUUUAACAAUGAGCUUUGUAAUAGCGGAAAGUAUCCUAAUUCCACAGAUCUUUGCUGCUAUUAAAUUAACUCAAGUCAAUACGAUUAACAUUCUGAAGUGUAUACCAACAAUGAUUAAAACGUUACUUUUGAAUAUGAUUAAAAACUGGAACUUAAUCACCGGAGAAGAAGAAAUUCAAAUUUUACGAAGUUACAGUGAACGUGGUAGACAAUUAACUUUAAGCUAUGCAUAUUCUGAAACGAGUGAUAAGUCGAUCAUACCUUUCGAAGUGGAUUAUCUCUCUUUGAUCGACAUUAAAAAAUAUUAUUAUCUUAUAUUGAUCCAUUGUUAUAUAUGUGUUAUCGCACAUGUUCUCAUAAUAGUAGCAGUGGAUACCAUAUUCAUAACGUUCAUUCAACAUAGCUGUGCAAUGUAUGCAAUUCUUGGAUAUCAUUUAGAACAUAUGGCGGACAUCGAGAACGAAAAAUCAAAUCUUUGUUUAGAUGACAAAGCUUAUUGGAGAAUCAUUAAUUGCAUUCGUCAACAUAAUGAAAUAAUCGAUUUUGUCGAUCGCAUCGAAUCUAUAUAUUCAACAUAUUUCUUCUUUCAAUUGGGUUACAAUAUGAUUAAUAUAAGUAUUACUGGUACACAGAUAGUAUUAUACGCUGAUGUAAUGUUCGAAUUUAUUAGAUUAAUCCUUUUAACUUUAGCUCAACUUUUUCAUUUAUUUUUUGAAUGUUGGCAAGCACAACAAUUAAUAGAUCACAGUUCUUUAAUACACGAAUCCAUAUGCAGAGCUACUUGGUAUCGGACCACGGAAAAAUCAAAAAAGCUAAUUAAAAUAAUGUUAAUAAAUACUUUGGAAACAUCAAAACUCACGGCUGGUAAAUUGCUCGUCUUAUGUUUCGAAUGUUUUGCCUUGGUCGUCAACAAAUCAGUAUCAUAUUUUACAAUUCUUCGAACAAUGCAAUAAAGGAUAAAAAUUUUAUGAUUCAAUGUUGAACAAUCUAAAUUUAAAAUAAUGGAAUUAUUUAAACUAUUAUUGUUAUUUUGAAUAUAUUGUAAAACGACAUCUUUGUUAGUUUACGAUCGUACGUAGAUCUUGUAAUAGAACUUAUAUUUUAAUAAAUAAUAAUUAUAUGAAAGAAUCAUUAUAUUAUUGAUAGAAAACAAAUGAGAAAAUAGAAACAAACAAGUAAUUUAAUUUAAAAUAAUUAAAAAUCUUUGAAACCAAUAAUAAAUAAAUUAGUUAAAAUAUUUUUUUAUUUUUAAAUUUGAUAUGAAUACGAUGCCCUUUUAAUUCUUAUCGUAACUUAAACACAACGAAACAAGAGUAGUAUAAUUUUGCGUGUAAAUGAUAAGUCGAUCGAUCUAGUUUAAAAUUCAAUUGAGGGAUUUAAAAAGGAUAUGGUCGUAAUUGAAUGGUAUUAUUUUCAAUGAAAAGCUCAAAUGAAAAAAGAAAUUUUUACAAAAAUCUUUACUUUUCAUAAUUUCAUUCUUCAAUGUAAAUUCAAUUAUCCACUUACGACGAUGACCAUCUGCCAAAGAAUCCUAAUAUUAAAUUAGUAAUAAAAGUAUGUAUUACACUUGUUUUAUUAGAAUGUGUUAGAUUAGAUAUUGCAUAUAUACAUAUAUACAUAUAUACGCAUAUAAACGUAAUCAAUAAACGAAUAUAUGUGCAUACUUGUAAUAAAAAAGAUAUAGGAAAGGAAAAAAAAUAGAUCAGUACAAUUUUCAUUGUAAAUAUUCUUUCGUUAUACUAUUGUGAAAUUAAUAAAAAAACAAAACAAAAAAAAAAACAAAAGAAAAAAAAAGAAAAAAACGUAGAUAAAUCAUUUUACAUACUACGUAAUGUCACACGAAUUAUAAAUAUCAAAUCAUUUAUACUAUUUUUAUUACUUGAUAAUAAACUAUCGCAGAUACACACAAACAAACACAUAUAUGUAUAUAUAUAUGUAC